CCUGCCGUGUGCCAGGGGACUGCCUGCCUAUGCAAGGACACAGGCUGAUUUAUCUUCAGUGUAUGGAGGGCUUUCUCUCCUGCACCCUGCACAACCCCACUGCACAUCCGCACACCUUCACUUCUCCUCUUACUCUGCCGUAGGAUUCAGGACUGAAAAUGAGUUGUUAAUUUUGGCCUCAAUUAGGUGGAGAUAAAUGCAUGUGUUUGCAUUACUUAUGUGCAGAAGCACACAACUCCAAUGGGUGCAAGGGACAUUCAGGAUGGGUUAAUAUAUGUCAUGUAUGAGGAUAAGCACAUGAACUCUUACCUAAAAGUAUCUUAUUCUUAAAAGCUGUUUCUUUGGAUGGCUCUUCUUCCUUGUCUGCCAGUGCUGAACGUUCAGCUCCCAGUUCAGAGCAUAUUGAACUGGUAAGACCAAGAACCUGUCCGGGACUUUCUGCUUAUCCAGGGGAAGGCAGAUGAAUGGCUUUACUCAGUCUUUCUUGUCCUUUAAUAGAAAACCAUGGAUUUGGGGAUACGAAAGGAAAAAGAGCCUGUGAAACCUUGCUGAGCCACUGUUUCAUUUCACUGCCAGAGUCUGGCUCUCACUCCUUUGUUUGCCUUUCAGAGAUGCUUCUCAUCACAGCCAACCCGUAUGACUACCCCUUCAUCAGCCAAGGGGAGAUUUCUGUGGCCAGCAUUGAUGACCAGGAGGAGCUUAUUUCCACAGAUGCAGCCAUCGACACUUUGGGCUUCAGCCCUGAUGAGAGAGUGGGGAUUUACAAACUGACAGGGGCAAUUCUGCACUACGGGAACAUGAAGUUCAAGCAGAAACCACGUGAGGAGCAGGCAGAGCCAGAUGGCACAGAAGAGGCUGACAAAGCAGCAUAUUUGAUGGGCCUGAACUCAGCAGACUUGCUGAAAGCUUUGUGCUACCCCCGGGUGAAAGUGGGAAAUGAGUAUGUCAUGAAAGGCCAAACAGCGGAUCAGGUGCACCAGGCAGUGAAUGCCAUUUCCAAGUCAGUCUACGAAAAACUCUUCUUGUGGAUGGUGAUGCGCAUCAACCAACAGCUGGAUACAAAGCUGCCAAGACAGCACUUUAUUGGAGUCUUAGACAUUGCUGGCUUUGAGAUUUUUGAGUUCAACAGCUUUGAGCAGCUGUGCAUCAACUUCACCAAUGAGAAACUGCAACAGUUCUUCAACCACCACAUGUUCGUGCUGGAGCAGGAGGAGUACAAGAAGGAAGGAAUUGAAUGGGAGUUCAUUGACUUUGGGAUGGACCUGGCUGCCUGCAUUGAGCUCAUUGAGAAACCCAUGGGCAUCUUCUCCAUCCUGGAAGAGGAGUGCAUGUUCCCCAAGGCAACUGACACCUCUUUCAAGAACAAGCUCUAUGAUCAGCAUCUGGGCAAGUCCAGCAACUUCCAGAAGCCCAAACCUACCAAAGGCAAGGCUGAGGCCCACUUCUCCCUGGUGCACUAUGCUGGGACGGUGGACUACAACGUCACUGGUUGGCUGGAGAAGAACAAGGACCCCCUGAACGAAACUGUUGUGGGGCUGUACCAGAAAUCACCUAUGAAAAUUUUAUGCAAUCUUUAUGCCAACUUUGUUUCUAUAGAUGAAGCUGAAGGUGGUGGUAUUAAGAAGAAAGGAACCAAGAAAAAGGGUUCUUCCUUCCAGACUGUCUCUGUACUCUUCCGGGAAAAUCUAAAUAAGCUGAUGUCCAACUUGCGAACAACUCAUCCUCAUUUUGUGCGUUGUAUCAUUCCCAAUGAAACAAAGACCCCAGGCCUGAUGGAUCACAAGCUUGUUCUGCACCAGCUGAGAUGUAACGGUGUUCUGGAAGGCAUUCGAAUCUGCAGGAAAGGAUUUCCUAACAAGAUAUUGUAUGGAGAUUUUAAACAAAGAUACCGCCUUCUGAACCCUAGUGACAUUCCAGAAGGACAGUUUAUUGAUAGUAAGAAGGCGUGUGAAAAGUUGCUGUCUUCCAUUGAAAUAGAUCAUACUCAGUACAAACUUGGACACACUAAGGUGUUUUUCAAGGCAGGUUUGCUAGGUGUCCUGGAAGAGAUGCGAGAUGAUUGCUUAGGACAACUAAUCACGCGGACACAGGCUUUAUGCAGGGGAUACCUCAGGAGACUUGAAUUGAAAAGAAUGUUUGACCGAAGGGAGUCCAUCUUCUGCAUCCAGUACAACAUUCGUGCAUUCAUGAACGUCAAGCACUGGUCCUGGAUGAAGCUGUACUUCAAGAUAAAACCCCUCUUAAAAAGCGUGGAAACUGAGAAAGAAAUGGCUGUGAUGAAGGAAGAGUUUCAGAGAAUGAAAGAAGAACUGGCUAAAUCAGAAACCAGGAGAAAAGAACUGGAAGAAAAAAUGGUGACUCUGGUGCGAGAGAAAAAGGACCUGCAGCUGCAAGUACAGACUGAAAAUGAAAAUUUGGCUGAUGCUGAAGAAAGAUGUGACCAGAUGAUCAAAGCAAAAUUCCAGCUGGAGGCAAGAAUAAAGGAAGUAAUGGAAAAAUUGGAGGAUGAAGAGGAGAUAAAUGCCGAUCUGGCAGCCAGGAAGAGGAAACUGGAGGAUGAAUGCUCUGAGCUGAAGAAAGAUAUUGAUGACCUUGAGUUAACAUUGGCCAAGGCUGAAAAGGAAAAGCACGCCACAGAAAACAAGGUCAAAAAUCUAACUGAAGAAAUGACAGGUUUGGAUGAGACUAUUGUGAAGUUAGUCAAGGAGAAGAAGGCCCUGCAAGAAGCCCACCAGCAGGCACUGGAUGACCUGCAAAUUGAGGAGGACAAAGUUAAUACCCUCACCAAAGCCAGGAUCAAGCUGGAGCAACAAGUGAACCACGUUGAAGGAUCUUUAGAACAGGAAAGAAAAGUUUGUAUGGAUCUUGAAAGAGCAAAGCGAAAGCUUGAGGGAGACUUGAAACUUGCGCAGGAAACCAUAGUGGAUCUGGAGAAUGAUAAACAACGUUUAGACGAAAAAUUAAGGAAGAAAGACUUUGAAUUUAACCAAAUGCAAAAUAAAAUUGAGGAACACCAGAGUUUGAAUAUUCAAUUCCAGAAGAAGAUCAGAGAAUUGCAGGCCCGUGUUGCAGAGCUGGAAGAGGAGACCAUGAGUGAGAAAGCGAUGCGGGCAAAAGCAGAGAAGCACUGUAAUGAGCUGGCUCGUGAACUCGAGGAAAUCAGUGGAAGACUUGAAGAGGCUGGGGGAGCCACCACUGCUCAAACUGCAAUGAACAAGAAGCGUGAGGCAGAAUUUCAGAAGAUGCGUCGCGACCUCGAAGAGGCCACGCUGCAGCACGAAGCCACGGCUGCCGCCCUGCGGAAGAAGCACGCGGACAGCACGGCCGAGCUCGGGGAGCAGAUCGACAACCUGCAGCGAGUGAAGCAGAAGCUGGAGAAGGAGAAGAGUGAGCUGAAGAUGGAGAUCGACGACUUGGCCAGUAGUACAGAGACCAUUACUAAGUCCAAGACUAAUCUGGAAAAAAUGUACCACACCCUAGAAGACCAGAUGAGAGAUUUGAAAGCCAAAUUUGAGGAAAACCAGAGAAAUAUGAAUGAGAUGCUGAUACAAAAAUCUCAGCUCCAGACAGAAUCAGGUGAACUAAGCCGUCAACUUGAGGAGAAAGAAGCCAUCGCAUUGCAGCUGACCAGAAACAAGCAGGCAGUUACACAGCAAAUAGAAGAACUGAAAAGGCAGCUGGAGGAAGAGAUCAAGGCCAAGAACGCCCUGGCCCACGCCUUGCAGUCUGCUCGCCACGACUGUGACUUGCUCCGGGAACAAUAUGAGGAGGAGCAGGAGGCCAAGGGGGAGCUGCAGCGUGCCCUGUCCAAGGCCAACAGCGAAGUGGCCCAGUGGAGAACCAAAUAUGAGAUGGAUGCUAUUCAGCGCACGGAGGAGCUGGAGGAGGCCAAGAAAAAACUCUCUCAGCGUCUCCAGGAGGCAGGGCAGCAGGCAGAGAGUGUGAAUUCAAAGUGUGUCUCCUUGGAGAAGGUGAAAUUGAAGUUGCAGAGGGAUGUGGAGGAUCUGACAGCGGAGAAAGAAAGAGCAAAUACAUUGGCAGCUGCCCUUGACAAGAAACAGCAGAACUUUGAUAAGGUUGUGACAGAAUGGAAAGGCAAGUACGAGGAGAGCCAGCUGGAACGGGAAGCUCUCUCUAAAGAAACACGCUUGCUGAACACAGAGCUUUUCCAAUUGAAAAAUGUCUAUGAGGAAACCUUAGCUCAGCUUGAAACAAUCAAACGGGAAAACAAGACUCUCAAGCAGGAAAUAGCUGAUUUGACUGAACAAAUUACUGAAAAUGGCAAAAUGAUCAGAGACCUUGAGAAAGCCAAGAAGCAGGAAGAAGCAGAAAAAUCUGAGCUGCGGUUAGCUCUUGAGGAGGCAGAGGCAGCUCUUGAGCAUGAAGAAGCCAAAAUCCUUGGUGUCAACCGAGAACUGACUCAGAUUAAAUCAGAAAUCAACAGAAAGAUUGCUGAGAAAGAUGAGGAGAUCAGUCAGUUAAAAAAGAACCAUCAAAUGACUGUGGAGACAAUGCAGGGCGUUUUGGAUGCUGAGAUCAGGAGCAAAAGUGAAUCCUUGAGACUGAAAAAGAAGAUGGAGGGAGACCUGAAUGAAAUGGAGAUCCAGCUGAGCCAUGCCAACCGCCAGACUGCCGAGGCGCAGAAACACCUGCACAGCAUCCAGGGUGUUCUCAAGGACACGCAGCUGCACUUGGACGAUGCUCUCAGGACACAGGAGGACCUGAAGGAGCAGGUGGCCAUGGUGGAGCGCAGAGCAAACCUGCUGCAGGCUGAAGUUGAGGAGCUGCGGGCAGCCCUGGAGCAGACGGAGCGCUCGAGGAAGGUGGCUGAGCAGGAGCUUCUGGAUGCCACUGAACGUGUGCAGCUCCUCCACACCCAGAACACCAGCCUUUUGAAUACCAAGAAGAAGCUUGAAACUGAUAUGGCACAAAUCCAAACUGAGAUGGAAGAUAUUAUGAAUGAAGCGAAAAAUGCUGAGGAAAGAGCUAAGAAGGCAAUUACAAAUGCAGCCAUGAUGGCAGAAGAGCUGAAGAAGGAGCAGGACACCAGUGCCCACCUGGAGAGGAUAAAGAAGAACCUGGACCAGACAGUGAAGAAUCUGCAACACCGUCUGGAUGAGGCCGAGCAGUUGGCACUAAAGGGAGGCAAGAAACAGCUCUUGAAGGUGGAAGCCAGGAUCAGAGAAUUAGAAGCUGAGCUGGAAGAAGAACGUAAACAAUCCGCAGAGGCUAUGAAAGCCAUCCGCAAAUAUGAACGGCGUGUCAAAGAGCUUACUUUUCAGAAUGAAGAACACAGGAAGAACAUGAUGAAAUUACAAGAUCUGGUAGAUAAACUGCAGAUGAAAAUCAAAUCCUACAAAAGACAAGCUGAGGAAGCUGAUGAACAAGCCAAUACUAAUCUCUCCAAAUUCAGAAAAGCACAGCAUAAGCUAGAAGAGGCUGAGGAAAGGGCAGAUAUUGCUGAGAGUCAAGUGAACAAGCUCAAAGCUAAAACCCGAGAAGUCCCUUCUACAAAGCAUUUUAACUCUAGAAGAGACACUACGGAGAACAUGCUUUCUCCUGAAGGCUCGGGCCUGAGACUCAAUAGACAAUGUUGGUUCUGCCAGAGGCUGGUGAGCAACUUUCAAUGAGUCCCUUAAUGCCAUGGUCCAAUAAAAAGCUUUGACUCCUCAGUGCUUGUCAGAGUAUCUUGCCGAGACCCUAGGGGAAGAACGUGGAAGGCUGGGUCCAAGCAACAUCUCUAGACAUGAGAUUACCUUAGAGAAGGAACGCUGAAUCUUGAAUUGAAAGCCUGGACAGGGAAAACAUUUCAGAUAUCUCCUAUUUAAUAUCCCCAGGUAAAGGCAGGUUGAACAUACGAACUACGGGAAACUCAUUCAGCAAUAUGUUAAGGUUUUAGAUCUUGCUUUGAGGUGCCUGAUACUGUGCAGUGUAUAUGGAGCCCGCGUACCUGGGACAAGUGAUGGAUUCUGCUCUGAGAGGCCUAAAAUUAAACAUUGUAAUGCCUGAAUAUUUAAAUAGAUACAAUGGAUCAGUGCAUCCUUUUGCUCCCUUCCAUGCUUUACAUUCACUUUUGGGAAUACUGGGAUACUCCUUGGCCCAGAGUAUGGAGUGUGGGUUGUUUAAACACUGCAACAGCGAAGUAGCACUUCAGAAAAGCCAACAGAUAUGUUUCCAGAAAUGUGACCAUGUGGCCAAGAAGGCCAAUGGCAUCACAAAAAAGCGUGACCAACAGGUCAAGGGAGGUCAUCCUUCCCCUCUGCUCUGUCCUGGUGCGGCUGCAUUUGGAGUCUUGUGUCCAGUUCUGGGCUCCCCAGUUCAAGAAGGACAGGAAACUGCUGGAGAGGGUACAGCAG